CCUCUCUCGUCCUCGCCCGCCCCGUUUGUGCUCAUAGUUUGCAUAUAGCUUGCCUAGUAUACCCCUGAAGCGCCUCCGGACAGAUUGCGCCCGCUCCAGUGCUGCUGCGGCGUCUGUGGCCCCGACACACCGGGACUCGCCAGGCGGUGAACACGCCCUGCAGACAUGCAACCUCGACGCUUCGCUCUACAAACGACCGGGAAUCACUAGACAUACUAGCCCCAUGACGCUAUCACGAGUACAAAUACGCCGCUGCAUUCCGUCGACCGCAGUGAUUGUCGCACCUCCCCGCCCUUCCUCGUCCCUCGCGUCGUUCUACGUCAACGGGUAUGCGAAUUAUCUAUGCGAGGUCGUCGGCGGCACUCUGGCCUUUUUCCGGCGCUUCAAGCUUGCUACGCGAAGUACUCGAUGCCCCGCACGCGCAACUCAAUGGGCCGCGCUGAACCGACGACAGAGGAUACGCCCUGGUCGUACGAUGACGGCGCACCCGCAUGCGUGUGGAAAUCGCGCUCGCCGCGCCCGCCGUGCCGCUCACCGGUACACGACCCCUCACCGAUCCCCGUCGACUCUCUCACCGCAAUAACGGAGUGGGCAUGCGCGAGAUGAGCACAGCACCACCAGGACGUGCCGAUCGUGCAUCAGGCCGCCUGCGCGCAAAAACGCGAAGAACUCGUGCCGCAGCGCUCGUCUCCGCCUCUGCGCCCGGCCCUCGCCUCUUCGGAACGUGCCUGUCCGCCUAGGACGACGCCGGCGCUGUACCGUCGCGUCAAGCACGCGCUCGUGGCGCCGCACCUGGAGCCAGACCCCGGGGCACAACAUCGACUUCGCGCUUCGGCGACGUGCCCGGGAGCCUCUAAAACACGACGGAGGGCUCCCAUGCACCUCGGCGCAUACACGUCUCCAAUCUGGGCGCGAUCCGAGCAAAAAAUAUUCGGUCGCUAUCGGCCAAUUUCAUUGGCGAACGGCCGAUUUGCUGGGCAGACACGAAACACAUCGCCUGUCCCGUCGCCGUCUCACUCGCUAUCGACGUGAAUCCUGGACAGGACAUCACCGUGGACGGUCGCAGCGGCCCUCCGCUGCCACUAACCGCGUACGAGCGCGUACAUCGACGCAAAUCGCAUAUUUCGGCGGCAGGACCAUCACGAGCGCGUCGCUGUCGAACGAGCCGGCGCGCGUACCUCGGCCCCCGACGCCCAUCCUCGAGUAUCGCACGAGGACCUUUCCGGACCCGCUUCAGGUGCGCCCGGAUCAAAAACUCGUACAACUUCUGCCACGGAGCGCCCCCUCGUCCCCGCCUCCGCGUGCAGCCUCUUCGGGACACCCUCGAGUGCUCCCGACGGUGCCGGCGCCGUACAACGACACCAACGACGCAGACGUCGGGCCGAGUCCGCGGGGAGGCCCGACACCAAGAUAUCGACGUCGCGCUCUAACGGCGCGCACCCGGCCUCUCAAAACGCGACGGCAGAGUCUAUGCACCAGGACGCAUGCGCCCACCGCGCGGCGGCGCGAUCCGAGGAGAAAAAAAAUCGGCCGUUUUCGACUGAUUUCAUUGGUGUCGGCGCGACUGAGCGCGUGCGACCGCUGCCCCGCCGCCGUCCCGCCCUCUGGCGCCCCGCCAACUCGCAGGCGCACUCCGAGGCACCUCCCAGGCUCGCUCGAACUGUUCCAGUCGUGCGUGACGACUUUGUGAUUCGGCUGGAUAGUCGCAGGAGCCUCGACGCGCGACGAUCACCGUCGAUCUCGCCCCCUGACGGCGCGGCUCAUGCGUCUGCGAACGGAGCCACAGGCAUAGCGUACCAAGAUACGCACGCCCCUCACAUAUCGACGCCAUCUGUGCACAAACGAGCGAGUCGUGCUCGCCCGAAUUCCGAUUCAGGCCCCGGAUCAUCAAAUUCGGCGUCCCGCCACCGUCCCGCCGCCGAUGGUCAUGUCGCGCGGGGAGCGCACUUAUGGGCGUGCACGAGGCUGCG